GAUCGGGGGACACAGCAGAUCACGGAAAGAGCUGUAGAUGUCGGCUCGGUCAUGUGAUCAGCUAUGUCCAAUCACAGCUGAUCACAUGGCACUGAUGAUCAGUGUGCCCUGAUGAUCAGUGUGGCCCCAGAAGUGUCACCUGUCAGUGUCCAUCAGUGCCACGUGCCCAUCAGUGCCAUGUGCCAGUGCCCAUCAAUGCCACAUAUCAGUGCAUACCAGUGCACAUCAAUGCCACAUAUCAGUGCCCAUCUGAGCUGCCUUUCAAUGUCACCCAUCAGUGCCAGUCAGUGCCGCCUAUCAGUGCCAGUCAGUGCCGCCUAUCAGUGCCAGUCAGUGCCGCAUAUCAGU